GUAACUUCCUGAAGUGAACAGUGCCUCAACAUGUAGGGAUAUAAACACAGGAUAGCCUUCUAGAUUUGAAACCUUGGACUUCUUCCCUACAACUAAGAUUAAUUUACACGUGGCUGACCUCAAUCAUGUUCCCGUGGCCAUUCCUGACACUUCUCUUGGCAAUAACUGCAGAUAUAUGCAAAGCUAAAGGAUGUGCCGACUUAACAGAUUUAGAGCUGGCUCACGCGAUCAUCGGGACCAGCCUCAAGAUAAGAUUGCUGCUUUUCACCAGGGACACAAUACACUGCGGCUCGCUUCUGUCUCACACCAACUUCUCGGCCGAGCCUAACUUCAACCUUUCUCGACCCACGACCUUUGUCAUCCACGGGUUUCGGCCCACGGGCUCGCCCCCCGUGUGGGCUCACAAAAUGACAGAACUGCUUCUGGCCAGAAAUGACAUCAACGUCAUAGUGGUGGACUGGAAUAACGGAGCUGCUAACUUGAAUUAUUUCAAAGUGGUGGAGAAGACACACAAGGCUGGAGAAAACCUCACUGCCUUUCUUAAACUGAUGAAGGAGCACGGUGCCUCUCCGAGUGAUAUCCAUAUGAUCGGAAUAAGUCUUGGCGCUCACAUAUCUGGUUUUGUGGGCGCUAACUUGAACGGCACAAUUGGAAGGAUUACAGCUCUGGAUCCUGCAGGGCCCUUGUUCACCGGAACUUCCCUAGAGGACCGUCUGGAUCCCACAGACGCCCAGUUUGUCGAUGCUCUGCACACAGACAUCGAUGCCUUGGGUUACAGAGAACCUAUUGGUCACAUUGAUUUUUACGCCAAUGAAGGAACAGAUCAACCUGGCUGCCCUAAAACCAUCUUCUCAGGAACAGCCUACUUUAAAUGUGACCAUCAGAGAUCAGUGUACCUCUACCUUGAGUCUUUGAAUCAAAGUUGCAGCAGCAGAGCCUUCCCGUGCGCUUCGUUCAAGGAUUUCAAGGACGGCAAGUGUACGAGCUGUACGCGAUUUGGGGAUGCUGGAUGCCCUGUUUUUGGUUACAACAUCAACAAGUGGAGACACAUUUUGUUGAAACUGGGCCAAACCAAAACUUACUUCACCACAAAUGACAAGGCUCCAUUCUGCAUGGCCAAUUACAGACUGGAUGUGGUGGUAUGGAAUGAGGCGGAACACUGGGGUUAUAUCACUGCUAAACUUCACGGCAACGGUACAGACGCCGUGGCAUACAUUGACCGAGCAGCCCAGUUCAAGAAGUUCACAGAGACAAAGUUGUUCGCACAGUUUGACAGCGACCUACCGUCAGUGACCAAGAUGUCUCUCAUGUUCUCCACUGGGAAUAUUUUCAAACCCAAAUAUAAACUGCGCAUUCUUUGGAUACGUCUCACACAUCUGGAACGACACGACAGGCCUCUGUGUCGCUACGACCUGGUUCUGGAGGAGAGCAAAGAGGUCUCCUUCACCCCACUUCCCUGCCAGGAGUCCAAUUUCUGAGGCCACACACACAAUGUGCCGCAUCAAAUGUACUGUCUGUCUGUCUUUUUCCAGAGAUUUGGUUUGAUGAUCUGAUGCCACUGAAAAGUUUAGUUCUCAAUCAGAUAAAAUCCCCUACAGAUAUUAUCUCACAUAACAGUAUUGUUUUUGUAACGUGAACGUAAACAUAAUCACUGCCUCAUCUGCAACAUUUUGACAUUUUAGUGCUGUUUCACAAGACAUGUAUUUUUAACUGACCAGCUAAAUAUAUAUAAAAUAUAUAUGUAUAUAGAUAUUAUUUAUUUGUGUGGAUGAGAUUGUACUAGAAUAAUAAUAAAAACUAUUUCAUUUUA